AUAGCAGACCAGUUUGUCGACUUGUUUCCUUUUCUUUUCAUACCCCCUCAUUUGCUUAUUGAUCUUGUACGUGUCGCGCCCGGGUGUCCAUGUACCCGAUGUGGUGAAUUUUGGGCAAAUCGGCACGCAUACAGAAGCUUGAAAAAAUGGUGUACUCAUUGGUCCUGGUUGUCUUGUUAAUGGCUGGAGGGGUAUGCAGUGGAAAAGAGAUUAUUGAUCUACAGGUGAACUUCAAUCAAGUGGUCAGAAAAACCAGUGACAAAUUCCUGAGUGUUCAGUUUGAUGAUGGCCUGAUUCAAAGACAUUGGCAACAAAUAGAUUUUGGUUCACAGCUCUUCAGCACUUUGUGCAAAGGUCUGUAUCCAGCUUAUGUAAGAAUCGGUGGGACUGCUCAAGACAUGUUGCACUUCCAACCAGAUGGACAUGUGACCUCGAUAAAAGACAAUCUGACAGAGAAUGCCUAUUGGGAUUAUGUCAACAAAAUAGGCAGGCAGCCGUUUGUAAAUUUUAAUUUGACUGGUAAACAGCUGGAUCAACUGUACCACUUCUUUGCAUUGUCUGCAAACUUCACUAUGGUGUUUGGUCUAAAUGCAUUGAUCAGAAUUGGUGACAAUUGGGAUCCAUCUAAUGCUGUUAAGUUGUUAGAUUAUACAAGCAAGAGAGGUUAUCAGAUGGAUUUUCAGCUGGGAAAUGCAGACGACAUAAAAUGCCUCCCUUUGGUGGGAUGUUCAGUCCCAUACCUUACAACCCCUGAAUAUGUAAACAGAAUUGAGGUUGAAAGAGACCUACCAGAACCAGAACCAAAUGAUUUCUACAAAUACAAUUUUACGGUUGAACCGCAAGAUCUUGGGGAAGACUUCUUGACACUGCGGAAACUUAUGGACACUUAUCAACUUUACAAGACUAGUCAACUUACAGGACCAGAUACAACCCGACCAAAUCAUAAAAAAACGCUGCAUUUUCUGGAUAAGGUCAUCAAGCAUGCUACUCCUGUUCUGAAUGCAGUCACUUGGCAUCAGUAUUACACCAAUGGUAGGACAGCCACGAUUGACGAUUUUCUUGAUCCAGCCCUCCUGGAUGAUCUGCCAGGCUAUAUUUUCAAUGUGACCCACUGUGUGGAGAAUUACACUAAGAAUCCUGUGAUAUGGCUUGGAGAAACGGCUUCUACAUUUGGAGGUGGAACAAAAGGGUUGUCUGACAGAUAUGUUGCGGGAUUUAUGUGGCUGGACAAGCUUGGAUUAUGUGCAAAGCUUGGUAUGGAUGUUGUGAUACGGCAAGCAAUCAUAGGAGGAAACUAUGCACUCAUUCACCAUGAUAUCAACACAAGAAUUUUCUCUCCGAAUCCAGAUUACUGGUUGAGCUUCCUGUACAAAGCAUUGGUGGGAGAGCAAGUACUAAAUGUGACGGUUUCUAGACAUUCCAAAUAUGUGCGAAUAUACAGCCAUUGCACAAAUACAAAAAGGACUGGUUAUCUGAAGGGGUCAAUCACAGUGUAUGGCUUGAACUUGUUAGAAGAGGAUGUGACCAUCAUCCUGCCACCACAGCUGAAGAGUCAUCCUAUAGAGCAGUAUCUGCUAACUCCACACCUUGGGGAUCUUACUUCUCAAUUUGUGGAUCUGAACGGGGAGAAAUUAGAUAUGGUUGAUGACACAACAUUCCCAAAGAUGGAGCCAGUUCAAGUGAAGAGUGUUUCACUACCGUCUCGGACAUUUGGAUUCUUUGUUCUACCAAAAGCUGCAAUGCCUGCCUGUUUAACUUUUUAGGACUCAUAAAUUAUAUAAUCACAAGCAUGAGAUUCAUGUAAAGUAAAAUAAGACAAUAGCGCGCUUACUUAAGUGAAUAUUUCACGUCCAGGAAUAAAAUAUUGGAAAUGAUUUGUCAGGUAAAAACAUUAUUUCCCCGAGGCAUUGACUGAGACUUGGUGUGAUGAUACCACUUUGAAGCCAAUGGUUGCAGCUAUUGUGACGACAUUUUUAUGGUUGGUGGAUCUAAUAAGGUUUCAUUACAUAUCCCCCGGGUUUUGAUUUGUCCUACUUUUCAAAGUCACAGAGGUCAAAGUUUAAAAUUUCAAUGUCGGGUUGUAUGUUAUGUUGUGGUUCUAGUAGAGGGUUCUAAUUUGGUGUAGGGAUGAAGCACCUGGGUGCUUAUAUUCAUCCCUACACCAAAUUAGAACCCGGUCCACUGUGCGAGGACACUCCUCGCACAGUAGACCGGCCUCGUUCCUGACUUUAACCACUGCGACAAGUGGUGAGCAUUCUGGAGGUUUCGUCCCAUCGACUUGGCCGGCUACCAACCAUAAUGUGGUGCCAAUCGUUUAUCAACUGGCUGCAAGGGACGCUGUAGUCGAAAUAACAUUUGUAAUCAUUUUCACUUAUUAGCACCAAAAAUGUUUGAAAUAGUCUUAUUCCAAGUUAGCUUAUGUAACCUGAGAUUUUAUCAUACAAAGAUUUUUGCAUUAAAUUUUUUUGUACGCUAUUUAUUCGCAUGUAGGUCAAUUAUGAAUACCAUCAAACCACAGGGGAAUGAAUUGUAUAAAUAUCAGCUACCACGCUAGUAUGUAUGCCAAAGCGUUAAACUUUUAGCAUUCUGAUUCGCUGACAGAAAUGCCCUAGCUUACAGUUUCAUUACAGCAAUGCCCAUUGGCUAAUCAUCCGCUGUUUGUGGCAGUCCGUAAGGAGAACCAAUUAGGAUGAUGCAAUGGGCUGCCCAGGGUGUCUGCUAUGUGUACACUUAAUUACAGCCAGAAUUAAAACAUGGCCAUAAUUAAUUAAACUUUUUUUGGUUUUUGUAUUUUAUGGAUCCAGAGCCCUGGUAUCGACGGCCAAUUUUCUUUCCCUUUUUGGCUAUGAACUGUCAGGUGACCUUCGACACUUCGAAAUUGCACAUGACUCCCUACGUCAUAUAACCGAGGACACUGAAUUUUGGUCUGAUCUGAUUCUUGACUUGGCAACCAGGGGGCAAAAACUAAAAAAGGUAAAACAUACAAUAUCUCGCUAAUAAGUGACUUGUUUUCCAUGAUAUUUUUAUGGUAGGUACUCCUAGCAAGGAUACAUCACAUAUGCUACGGGUUUUUGAUUUGACCUAAAUUUCAAGGUCACAGAGGUCAAAUGUUGUAAAUUGGCUGUAAAUUUUGUCUGAUCCGAUUUUGUCAAAUAUGAUUCUCGACCUGGCCACCAGGGGUCAAAACUGAAAAGGUAAAAUGUGUAAUAUCUUGCUUAUUAUUGACUUUAAUAAUGUGUUUAUGGUAGGUACAUGUACUCCAAGCAAAGAUACGUCUUACUUGAUUUGACCUAUUUAAAGGUCACUGAAGUCAAAUUGGUAAAUUGGUCGUUAUAAUUAGAUGAUCUGAGGGGACGAAGUCGAUUCAAUCUGAUUCACUGCUUGGUGUUACGGGGUCAUCCCAAAUUGUAAAACAAUCCCAUCCUCUAUGCUAUGACUCCACUUAUGUAAUAUAAUUCCUUUGUAUAAAUAACAAGUCAAACUGUUAUCUACUACAUCAGCCUCAGGUACUUCAUGUACACAAUCAAAUUACCCUUUAAGAAACCACUGUCGGACAAACUUGUAAAACCUGUAAGUGUUAUAGCCAAACAACUUCUAUCUCCAAACUAUUCCUAAUUUUAGCCAAAAGCCAAUGUCAAAACCUGGUCAUCUUGCCAUAGUCAGAUAGUUGGUAGUGCAAUUGUUGGAGCUAACAUAGCCCACGCUUUCCCUAAAACAUUGUAAACACCUGUGUAAGCUGAUGGUACAAGGUAGAUAACUGGUGAUAUGAAUAAAGACUAGCAAAUGCUUUUAUCUAAAACUCCAUGUACAUUUACACUAGGCCUUUCUGUACAAAAUUGAAGUAAAAGCAUUUGCUAGUCUUUAUUCAUAUCACCCAUUAUCUCGAGCUUGAACUUCCAGACCACGAUAACCUUGGGAAACCCUUACUAUUUAGAAUUACAGAAAAGUGCAGUGACGCACACUCUACGGGUUUGAAGAUCCGUUCGUUCGGUAUUUAUUGAUUUUGAUACCUAAAUAAGGGUACAUUUUUAGAACAAACAGCUCUGAACGAAAUAGCAGCAAUAGUCUUAACUCCGCUCCCGAGCGUAACAGUCCGCUUCCGAGCAGAGCUUAUCAUCUAGCCUCAGGGCAAUAGUUCCAACUCCGCUCCCGAGCGUAACAAUCAGUCAGCUUCAGAGCAGAGCUUAUCAUCUAGCCUCAGGGCAAUAGUUUCAACUCCGCUCCCGAGCGUAACAGUCAGCUUCCGAGCAGAGCUUAUCAUCUAGCCUCAGGGCAAUAGUUUUAACUCCGCUCCCGAGCGUAACAGUCAGCUUCAGAGCAGAGCUUAUCAUCUAGCCUCAGGGCAAUAGUUUCAACUCCGCUCCCGAGCGUAACAAUCAGUCAGCUUCAGAGCAGUGACUAUAUUCUAGCUUCAGGGCUAAACAUUUUAUCAAUUCGUCGUGGAAGUAAGCUCACACCAGUAUUGUGAUAUCAUCUGUUAUAAAAUCUGCGAAACUGAAUAUUCUUGUGUGGACAUCAGUGACUAGCAUGACCUAACAAUUCGUUUCUUGUUUGUGUUGUCAUUAACUUACAUUCAACGACUUCCUCUCCUCUCGGCGUAUCUGAUUCCCGACCUCUUGAUUAGCCAUUCGAGUGUCCCUACCAUUUGCCACAGUCCCGGACAACAUCUUACGGAGGACAAGAGGACACGCCCCAGUCUCACGCCAUUGCGACCCGUGACACUUGGCUAGCAGGGGGCCAAUUCUGAAGACUUAAAAAUGCAAUUAUUGCUUUACUACUUGUCCGAUUAUUGCCACCAAUCUGAUAUCAUGGGUACAUCUAGCCACCAUAUACAGUAUACAUGUAAUAUGUCACAUGGGUUUAAAUUUGACCUACCUUUCAAGGUCACAGGCGUUAAAUGGCAUAAAAGGUCCAUUUGGCUUUAUACUAUAGCACGUUUCUACUAAAUAUCUAUAUGGUAAGCACAAUAGCCCCUGGCCAUUUUAUUUCUUUUGAGUAAAGUUCAGUUAAGUUUAUUCGUGGAUACAUGUACACAGCAAUAUAAAACAUAACAUAAUCGAUACAGUCAAAUGAAAUAUACAUUGGUAAAAACACAUGCACCUCUGGUAACCAUACAGGGCAUAAUGACCUUUUCAAUGAGGAACCUGCACGACAAAGCCUGCCAAUAGGAGGCCCUGCAGGCAAGUGGACCAUGGUUGUAAUGAGACAGCCAUUUCCCGGGUCAAUGAUUAUUGAAUAUUUCAUCCCUUAAUUACUCUACAUGGGGAAAUAGCAUCAAAUAUGUUGUUUUAUUGGUCUUUAAUUCUAUUUUGAUGAGUUAGUUUUAGGGAGAAAAUCAACGAAACUUAAUUUUAAUGGCAAAUGCACUGGAAGUGUAACUUUUAGUACUGGUGCUGCCAUCUGGAUUUUUAGUUCUGCAGGCUCCUCAUUGCACCAAGAAAGAGCUGGGACAUCAGAGCGGAUAUUCCAGGUGAUGACGACAUGCGCAUCGUCUAGAUGGGUCGGCAAUUGAAGCAACGACAAAAGCUGAUGAAGGUACAUGUGUUAUCAACAUCCAGACAAUACAAUACCCUUAUGUCUUGCAUUUUCUUGAUUUUUUUUACCUAUUUGGUAGACUGGCAUCUUGGAAAUAAUAUUUUGCCAUCUCAAUGCCUUUGGCUGCUGUUAUUAUGGUAGGUGAAUAUGAUAAUUCUCCAUUACAUAUCACCCAGAUUUUCAUUUGUCACCUACAUUUCAAAUUGAUCAGGCUCAAACUCUACGCCAUUCCUUAAAAAUUUUGAAUUUGUAUUCGAAUUUUAAAAUGUCCAAUUGCGAAAAUACAUACUAAAUAUAAAUUUCAACAUUGUCAUUGCGAAGACUGAUAUACAAAUACAUGUACUAUGAAUACCAAGUUUAAACACAUUUGUAUUCACCAAUAACUGCACUACAGCAUUGUGUAUUAGUGGAUUUCUAUUUAACUUGACCACUAGUAAUUACGAACUGCAUACCCCUUUAAAUUUCGCUGAUGUUGUCAUGUGCUGUCAUUAUUUUUCGACGAGUCUUGUUAACAAAAUCGAGAUUAAUAGUGACCUACCACUCUAGUUUCUUUCUAUGCUGUGUACAUUGACCAAUUUAUUUCAGUUGAGUGCCAGGCCCUUUGGCCUCUAGUUUUGUGUUGCAUGUUAUACCCAGUUUGUAUCUAGAUCGAAUCUUUAGGCUUCCAUAAAUUAUACAAGAAGGCUGGAGAUCAAGGGAAAUGUACCGCUGACUAGACUCUUUGCUGAAAGUGCUGGAAUAAUGGAUUCAAGAGAAGAGAGGACUUAAAUACUGAGGUGAAUUACACGUCAUUGAAUUUACCCGGCAGUGUUGAUGAAAAUGUAAUUUCCAUUAGAAAUGACGUUUUCCAUGAUUAUGUUUAGACAAAUAAACUGUAUAGUAAUCUCUUAGAAGCCCGGUAAUCUGUAUGCCCGUUAAUCAUGAGGAAAUAAAAUGUUUUUCAUAA